UCCGUCCGACCACGCCCACAGCGAGAGCGACUUCCGCUUCUGUGUCCACCGAAGGCUACUCUCUAGUUUCUGCUCAUUUCUCCGGACUCGUCCCCCUCCCCGCACCGUCCAGGUUUCUGAUUCGUUUCUCUUAACAAAGUCAAGGAAACACAAACCCAACUCCAAAGUUCCAUCAAAUGCCCAAGUGCUCAGUCAAACAGCAGGGAGCUCCCGGUGUCAUCCCUGUGUGGACAAACCAACGGUGAAAAGAGACAUCAAGUGUUGGUCAUUCCCAGGAUACUGAACGGACAUUACCCUGUAUUCGUGGCGGCAUCCAGCAGGAUUUUGAUCAACAGAUCUUCCUGAAGAGGAUCACUGAGCGGCGGCCACUAAAAGGAACAUGUGCUAAGAGCUGAACAUUUCGGAUACACAACUGGACUGCUUGCUUCUUUAGAAGAUGAGCAAUGAGGAUGAGUUCUACGACGCCGUCACAGGCCUGGAUUCGGACGAGUCGUAUGAAGGGGUGUCAGAGGCCAGUUUCCAGGAUGCGCUGGUGUUUGACAGCAGCAGCCAGAAGAACAACGGAUCAGUGCCACAGGAGAACGGCAUCAAGAAACACAGGACAAAGUUACCUGCAGCCAUGUUCUCCAGGAACAACGUCAGUAUCUGGAGUAUCCUGAAGAAAUGCAUUGGACUGGAACUGUCCAAGAUCACAAUGCCCAUCGUCUUCAACGAGCCUCUGAGCUUCCUGCAGAGAAUCACAGAAUACAUGGAACACACUUACCUCCUCAACAGAGCCUGCUCGCUAUCAGACUCCAUAGAGCGCAUGCAGGCGGUAGCUGCUUUUGCUGUGUCAGCAGUUGCGUCUCAGUGGGACAGAACUGGAAAACCCUUCAAUCCUCUGCUGGGUGAGACCUAUGAACUCAUGAGAGAGGAGCAGGGUUUCCGGUUGGUGUCCGAGCAGGUAUCCCAUCAUCCCCCAGUCAGUGCUUUCCACGCAGAGAGCCUGGCAGGGGACUUUGUCUUCCACGGCUCGAUCUACCCCAAACUCAAGUUCUGGGGCAAGAACGUGGAGGCUGAGCCAAAAGGGACCAUCACACUAGAGCUUCUCAAACACAACGAGGCAUACACAUGGAGUAACCCCUGCUGCUGCGUACACAAUGUGAUCCUGGGCAAACUAUGGAUAGAGCAGUAUGGCACGGUGGAAAUAGUCAACCACAGCACUGGAGACAAAUGUGUGUUGAAUUUCAAGCCUUGUGGGAUAUUUUACAAAGAGCUGCACAAAGUGGAGGGAUACAUCCAGGAUAAGAGUAAAAAGAAGCACUGUGUCAUAUACGGGAAGUGGACUGAGUGUAUGUGGAGCGUGGACCCUCAAACCUACGAGGCCCACAAGAAGUCCGACAAGAAGGGAGACGUCAAGAAACAAAAAAACGAGGAGCAGGUUGGCGCAGAGAACGAUGAUGCCGACGACAUGCCUGACACCCAGGAGACGGUCUCUGUCGUACCAGGAAGCACUUUGCUGUGGAGAGUAGAUCCCCGUCCUGCACAUUCUGCUCAGAUGUACAACUUCACCAACUUUGCGUUGUCUCUGAACGAGCUGGAGCCUGGCAUGGAGGCCGUCUUAGCCCCCUCAGACUGUCGCUUCAGGCCUGACAUCAGAGCCAUGGAGAAUGGCAACAUGGAAGAGGCCAGCCAGCAGAAGGAGAGACUGGAGGAGAAACAGAGAGCAGCCAGAAAAGAGAGAGCCAAGAGUGAGGAGGAGUGGCCUACAAGGUGGUUCCAGAUGGGCACGAACCCGUACACCGGCUCACAGGGCUGGCUCUACACUGGUGGCUACUUCAAUAGGAACUACCAAGUUAACCCCGAUAUCUACUGAUCGCUCGUUAGCCUUCACCAUCCUCCUCUUCUCCUCCAUAGUCUGCAAUGAUCUGCCUGUCAAUAAAUGGAGAGAAACAGAGAGAAUUCAAGUUUUCUUUCACAUCCUCCUCUUCCUCCUUCUUCUUCUUCUUCUUCUUCUUCAUCAUCUCUAAACUGAUUGACACACCCAGCACAGAUUGGAAGGACCACCAGCGGACCCCUGACAGGCAGCAGCCUGCUUUGUGUCCACUCUUUUUUUUUAAACACUCAGAAGAUUAGGUCUCCACCUCUGUCCACCUCUCAGCAUCUUUUGGGAUUUUCUGAGGUAACGACCAGCAAGCCUCUCCGAUCUCUGCUUCGGCAUUUCCAAGAGCACAAGAACCCUUUUCAUCCUGACAGCUUUUAGAAGUCAGGAGUUGUACAUUUGAACUAUUGUACAGGUAAAAAAAAUAGCCCAACAGAUCCAACCUAAUUACUAAAACAUGAAACACUCUCGUCUGAGGAGUCUGCCAACCUCCUGAACGGCCACAGUUACAUGUCCUUAAAGAGUUAAUGUGGAUAACACCAUGAUGAAGUCAGACAUGAUGAGCACAGUGAUGGAGCUGUGGACGUGGACGGACUCUGUCAACGAGGAAUCAGGGAGGUGAAUGAUCCUCUCAUUGAAGAUCUGGAGCUUGUGUUUUUGUGGAAACAUUCCUACACUGUUCAAAAAAAGAAAAUGUAUAAAGGUGAAAUUGGACUAGACAAAUCUAAUAAAAGUAGAAGGUUAUAACUCUCCUUGAGUUGCCCCCCCAAAAAGGAUGUUUCCUUGACAGCAGAGCAGAAUGUGCAGCUUCACGGGAUCAGAAAGAAACCACAUGAAUUUGAUGUUCCCUUAUGCGUUAACAAAAACGAUCAGAGAUCAUAGAUGACAUGUCCGAGUGUUGGCAGGAAGGUGAAUGUGUAAAAACUUGGCCGUGAGCCUCUGUAUGUCUGACAGAAUAGAUUUUAGUUUAACUUCCAGUGAAAAUGUACAGUAUAACUAACAAUGAGAUUCACUGUUUGGGUUUUGAAACCACUGAUCUGAAGGUUCUUGCAGGAUGCAGGAUGCAGGAUGCAGCUUGGCUAAAGGCUGAUUCAUACUUCUGCGUCGCCCCUACGCAGCAGUGGUCACUGUGGACGUGAGCACCACAUACUUGUGCGUCGAUGUGUCCGUGUCUCACAGUAAUUCUCUGAAACGCUUGAGGGCAGUGUGGUCUCUCUGAUAGCCGGUCACCUGCUUCCGGCCCCGCUACAAUCUCAGAUGCAGCGUGGCGUGUGUGUUUACAUGUUACAGCCACGCUCAGUCUCUGGAAAUACAUGUGUAGUAGUGUGAGAUUCAGAAACGGGAAAAUCACUGCAACUGUCUCUAAUAUUUUCUUCUUCUUUUGCUAUUUAAUGCAGUUAGCAUUCUUCUUCUUCUGUUACUUAAUGCGGUUAGCAAACAGCUUUAAGACGCUCUGUAGCCACCAUCUGGCAGGAAUACUGUAUUACAACCAGGCACCAGAAAAAACAAUGAAAAACUGUACUUUUUUAAGUAACUCUUCGAUUUUUACAAAGAAAGAAUAUUCAAAUACAGAACAUUUUUGGGAGGAGGUGCACACCAGCUACGUGCGUAGGCCUCUGCGUAGGGACGAGGGCCACGCAGACCUCUGGUGUAGGCUACGCCGUCGAUUCGACGCAGAAGUAUAGAUAAUGCUUAACCCUGCUGCAUGCUGCUUGAAAGUGCAGAAUAUCACAUUCUUCAUCCUCUGAAGAAGUUUUGCCGUCAUAGCUCUCCUUCCUCAGUCAGAAUCAGGCGUCAGGAGCGAUGGUCGAUCCAGAGUCCUGCUCCAAGGCUCUUACCGAAAACACAGGGAAGUCUGUAACCAACGAAGAGCUGUGUCUGUAUGUGUGUGUACAGCUGCACUUCAAGUCUAACCCCCCCCCCCCCUCAGAGUCUAAACUCACACUGUGUAAAAUGAUUGUAAACCUGAAGAGUGUAAUUCAUCCCCACAAUGCACACAAGCACUAUCUGUGUUCAGCUGAAUGACAGCGGUGAUAGAAGAACACUGAGUAAAUGUAAUACAUGCAGACAUGCACAUGAGCCAUGUGAAUGAAUGUAUGACUCUGUACAGACACUUAAAGCCAUAUUAACUACAAGAGACGGUGUUUGUUGCUUGAAUGAUAUGAAUUUGAAUGAAAUCCCUCUGUAAGAUUGACAUUUUUAAUCAAACGAUUUUGCCGUUAUGAUUUAAAAACAACCUUAGUGUUCAUGUAAGUGGAAUACGUUUAAUUUGGCUCCUCUGCGGUCCAGCUGGAUUGAUGGCUGGGUUAAAAAACAAGACUACAGGGAACAGACCCAGAGGCCCGGGAGGUCUCCACCCAAACGCCACUCAAAAAAGUACAGAGUCACUGUGAAAUGGAAGUGGCUGUCAGAGAGAUGACAUGUGACUACAAAGACAAAAUGAAAAGGGACAAAACAAACAAAUGAUCAUUUUUAAGCAUGAAAUGAGGAAAAAUGAUGUUACAAGACCAAACAGCCGGCCUUCAGAGUCCGUGGUGGGGAUUGUCUCUGUUCUCUCGGGUCUGACAUCUUUAAACCAUUCCAAGUGUUUUUGUUCUAACACUGAUUUUACUUAAAGCAACUUAAGAGUUUAAAUCUGACAACAUGUGGUAUUCAAAAAGGAAAAGGUCCCCUCGUGAAUGUAAGAACACUUGAAAAGGACGUCAGAGGGCUUCAUGUACAAAAACUCUGAGCUCAACAAACAUCCUGUGUGAUGUCCCAAUUUAGGGUCCAAAAUCUGAAACCCAAAUUCAAGAUUUAGUAUAUACGCUGAUGAUGUACAACCCUUUACUUCAGAUGUGUUUAUAAGACUUAAUUGGAGCCGUUGAAGUCAGAGAAAGUUUCCAUGAAGUAAAAUGUCCUCUCAUGAAUGUGAGCACACUUGGAAAGACGUCACGGAACGGGACUCUAAGCUCAACAAACAUCCUGUGUGAUGUCUUGCGGUCCGAAUUUUGGGUCCGAAAACCAAAAACCCAAAUUCAAGAUUUAGUAUAUACGCUGAUGAUGUACAACCCUUUACUUCAGGUGUGUUUAUAAGACUUGAUUGGAGCCGUUGAAGUCAGAUUGAAAGUUAAAUCAAGUUCCCAUGCCCUGUUUGAUGCAGACACAGUCUAAGGUUGGUGCACUGGUUGCUUGUUCACAUCCAACCCUGAUUCAUCUUGCAUCAGAAUUUGAAUGAGAAAACAACCAACCCUUCUCUCUCAUACUGAAGUACUCCUCACAUGACCUGUGAACCUGUUUGCACUGAUGAGAAUCUGACUUCUUCACAGUAAAUGUUAGAUAAAAAGAAGAUUUGUACCCCUCUUCAUAACAUAGAGAAACUGCAACCCAUCUUUUGCCCUGGUUUAAAAACAUGUACCCAGCUUUGUUCCUGCAUUUGUUCCCUGUGAUUAAAACACCAGAUGUUUAAAGAUCACGUUUUCAUCAGUACCUACUCUAUGCAACUUCUGCACCUCACCAUGAGCAGUACAUAUCUGAUCUGUCACUCUCCCCCACUCUAACACCCUGCAUGUGUUUUCAGACUGCAGGGUUAAAUCAUCAGAUAUAUCUCUAAACAUUGACUCUGCCUCUUUAGUUUCUUUUCACAUAUUCCAAACCGUGGAGCGUGAUUAGAACUUGAACUACUCGGCACUACAACCAUUCUCGUAUCACAACUUGGACCAACUUCUUUUUCAUGUGUAACUUUUUAAAUAUGUGUUCAUGUGUCAUGCCUUGUGCCUGUUUCUCAUUCCCAUGUGUUUUUUUGUUGUUGUUCCUUUUGUGUGUUAUUUAUGAUGUUUGAGGUUUUAUGUAUUUUUUCACUUUUGCUCUUUCACUUAAAAACACAUCAAUUAGAAGCUGAGCGUCUACAGUUAAAUUAACACCUUCUUUAACUAACUUAUGAACGUUUAGCUGAUGCUGUUAGAUUUAAAUGUUAACCGCUGAAGAGUAAAUGUAGACAUUGUUUUGAAACACUCAUUCUGGACUCUUCGGCUGCUAGAAUACAGGAAUAAAUCCUGACAUGAGUCAUUUUGGUGCCCAAAAAUCAUAUUUUUCAACUUAAUAAAAAGUCAGUUUCACUAAUACUACUUCAGAUGCAUGCAUUAGAUCAGGGGUUCCCCAAGUGUGGGUCAGGACCCCAUGGGGGGUCACUAGACACAAAUGGUGGGCCGUGAGAUGUCUUCCAGAUUUUUUUUUAAGUUAUCUAAAAAUAGUGCAUUUUAACCUUUAUAGGAAAAAAUAUCCACAAACAUAGUCGCUAAACUUGAAAUAAUACCUUGAAAAUGUAAUGAGUUUUCUGCCUUUCUUUUCUCCAGAUGACUCCUAAAUUUAGAGUUAGUGAACAGUUAAUCAUCUAAAGCAUCAGUAGCAGCAGGUUCAUUCAUAACAGCAUAGGAAACACAGACACAUGCUCAUAUAGGUAGGGUCAUUUUCUGCAGAGCAGCUAAAUGAAGACACAUUAAAUCACCUUGAGGGACAGUGGGGAUCACAAGUCUUUGGCACCUAUAUUUUGGGGGUCACGGGCUGAGAAGUUUGGGAACCCCUGCAUUAGACUAACGUUGGUAACAUACUCUGGUAAAUUCAUCCACACAUGAUCAAAAGCAUCAGCUAGUUUAUGUCAUUAAUAUAAUGAUCUCAGUUGGUAAUAGUCUCCACAUAUCUUCCAACACUUUCUGAUUCUGACUCCAUCAGGAGACGAUACUUUGUCAUUAAACUACAUCAAGGUUUGAUGUUUCUUGGAGUGUCGGUCCCUCUAUGUUACUUUACCCUCCUCCUCUUGGACCGUAUCACAGGGGUGUCAUUGUUUUAUGUAUGUGUACAAGUGCUGCGCAGACGUAAUCACAAGCAAGAUGGCAUAUUCUUUUGUGCAAUUGAUUUAUUUUUAUAGUAUUUAAAGCAUUUUUGGUGAGAACAUUGUACCAGAGGUUUUAUUUUGAGGUGGGGUACAGUUAGAGGGUCAUACCCAAUCUGUGGACAGCUUGGUAGAUGCAUAAACAGGGGAAAUACUAAUAAAAUCCUAAUUUCA